CUUGUUCUCUAGUACUAGACUCCGCUGCCACCAUGCCCCAUUCAGGCCAUCAUCUCUCUCACCACUCUUGAUGCCAUCACAGCAGGCAAACUUCAAAUCCAACAGGCCGGAGUCUGUUCCAUCUGUAGGAUGGGGAAUAUGAUUCGAGGUGUGAGAGCCACAAACAAAGUCAACAAAGAAGACAUUGACAGCUCUCAUAAGGGCUCAGAAGACGACAUAGUGGUAGUGCUCCACGACUACCCAGCUCCUGAAAUUAGUGAGCCCGUCUACAGGAUGGGGGAGAAGCUCAGAGUCAUCGCACAGGAGGCUUAUUGGUGGAGAGUCCGCUCUAUCCAAACAGGAAUGGAAAACUACAUACCCAACAGCCACGUGGCAAAAGUAUACCAUGGUUGGCUGUUCGAGGGGGUGGAAAGGCAAAAGGCCGAAGAGCUGCUGCUUCUACCUGGGAACCGAGUGGGUUCCUUCCUCGUACGGCAGAGCGCCAGGGAGAGAGGUCUGUACUCGCUCUCAGUGAAGCACAGGAUCGUAAAGCACUAUCGUAUCUUCAGGCUGGACAACAGCUGGUACUACAUCUCUCCUCGACUCACCUUCCAGUGCCUUGAAGAUAUGAUCAACCACUACUCUGACUCUUCAGAUGGCCUGUGUUGUGUGUUAACCUCUCCCUGUCUGUCCGGCACAACACCGGCACCAGAUGCAAGCCCCGGACCUCCACCUGUAGUAAUGCGACGCAACUUUGACUGGAAUAAAAUAGACAGGGGGCAGCUUGUCAGCACAGACAGCUGCACCAACAACAUGGUCAGCUACGGAGUCAGGAACAGCAUCGCCUCCUACCUGUCCUUAUCUGGGAAUCAAGACCCUGCACAGAAUAGAGCAAAAACCAGAAAGAACAAGAGUAAAUCUGUUUAUAACAUCCCUGAAAACGGACUCUCAAACAUUGACUACGGUGACUUCUAGAGAAAACAGUGGGAUUUGAAAAGACUGGAAUACCUUCACAUGGAAGUCAAUAGAGGGCAUCCUUCUCUGAUCCUUCUCCACCACAUUUCCCAUAUUGGACUGACAGUUGUAUUAAGCAUCAUGGACAAUAGCUGUAUUUCCAUCUAAUGUGAAGUGAAUUUUAAGCGAAUUUUCGUCAGAAGUUGGUGGUAUAGGUUACAUUAUGCAUGGCUGUAAUAAAUAGAGCAGAAGAAGUGGAGGCUGUGAACUGGAAAAAAGCAGUUGCCCUGGCCAUUAAAAAGAGAUAAAU